AUGGCUCCCAAAGCUAGAUUGAACAAAUCCAAGUCUAAGGAAACUGACACCAUAAACAAAAAUAAACGUAUCAAAGAACUCUGCACCAUUGUUUUCGGAGACGUCGAGCCGAACUCCCAACUUCACAAGCCCAACACCAAAAUUCCGUUCGUUGAUUGCGACCUCGAGAAUAUCAAGCACUUGAGUGAUGAUCAUGAAGAGUACUAUAAAUUGGUUAGCGAUUGGUUCCUGCCAAUCCAAAAUCUGCGUCAUGUAGACAAUCUCAAAUUUGAAGAAAUCCAUGAAUACCACAGAUCUCACUUUUCAGAUAAAUUGAUCCGAAGCUUAACAGGAAUCCGAUUAAAAUAUGCCAGAUUCUUUCACAUAAUCGCCAUAUCGAAUGAAAUGGAGGAAAAUGCUGCGGCUGCUACAGCUGAGGGUAUUACUGUUUAA